AGCUGUAAUCAACUCUUCCGGGUUAUGCCUGCAUCUGUAAACAAUAAUAUGAGGACAACGCUUGAGUUGUAUAACUUAUUCGGUUAACACACUGGUUGUCAUUCCGACACCCCGUCCUCGCUGUUUCCGUGUUUACUCCUGAACGUUUUUGCCCUGUGCGUGGUCCUGUCCGGUCAUGUUGUUCCUCCGGACUGCGGCUCUCAACUGCAGAGGAUUGACCGCUCUGCGCUGCCUGCCCGCCGGAUACAUCGCCUCGAGAAACACCGUUACAUACAUCCAGGGCCAGAGCCCCGAACCACGAAUCCGAGAGUACUUCUACUAUAUCGACCACCAAGGACAGCUGUUCCUCGACGACACUAAAGUGAAGAACUUUGUCACCUGCUUCAAAGAUAAACAGUUCCUGGUCUUCUUCUUCAGUCGUCUGCGUUCAAAUCAGAGCGGGCGGUAUGAGGAAGACUUCCCCUUCCUGUCCCUGUGCGGGAGGGAGAGGAACUUCCUGCGCUGCGACGACCGACCUGUGGUCUUCACCCACUUGCUGCAGACCCCUGCAGGGCCUCAGGGGAUCACGGGAGACCAGGAGCAGCUGUCGUACUGCGGCGGGGCGGAGAAGCUGUCUGUCCCGUUCCGCCCUGAGGCUCUGUACAUGCAUCCCGUCAGCGGUCGAGUGUAUCACCCCUGCUCGGAGCGCUCGGGGGCGGUUGGCCUGGUUCGGUCGGCUCUGGCCAUCGAGCUCAGCCCAUCCUUUGUUUAUGCUCCAGAGCAGGGCCAAUCAGGACAGCCCACAAAGUUUCUCUGGGGAGGAAAGGAGUACACCCUGACCAAUGAGCUAGCAGGAUGCUUCCCCUCAGCAGAAGAGGGCAGCGGGCAGCAGGGAGAACUGGGAUAAACACCAGAACUGUUAAAAGGUGUACUUUAUUUACAGUGGAAAAAGACGACUACUGUGUCCGACAUGGACACCUGUGUUCACAAUGUGGUUGUUACUGAUAGAAACAGGGGCUGAUGUGUCUUCUUGCCCUAAUUUAAGAUGAUGAUGCAGAGUGUUUGAUGCAGAUUUCAUCAGUUAAAUUACACUUGAGACGCCUUCGAACAACGCAGUGUCUUCUUGCAUCUUCUCAUCACAUGUUGCAGUGAAACAGUUAUUUUCUCCCUAUAUUCAUUUAAAUCAUAGUUAGAAUCGUGAAAAUAUAAAACAAUACAGUAUGUCACCAGCAAGAAGCAAAGAUGAGGGAAAAAUCUGAAUAAAAUAAACUGUUUUGCAACCACUCAGAUUUAUAAUGUGACCGCUUUGGGUUGGGAACUACUGGCCUAAAGCUACAGGGGUUGAGACAGAGAUGAGAAUAAGAGGCUGAAAGCUGCUGCUAACAACACUCAGAAUAUUCAGAAUCACAGUCUUCAUUAAAAGGGGAAUAUGAGUUAUCUUUUUGAAUUUGCUGAAGAGAACCAAGCAGUUAUUUGCUACAUUAGCCACAGAUGGGUAAAUAUUAAAUACCUAAAAAUCUUAUCCAAAAUAAUCCACACAAAGACAGCAAUAUUUAUAAAGACAACUCCAUAGCUGCAGCAAAUACAUACUCAGAUAUACAAAACUGAUACACCGGUGUGCUUGCAUAUAGAAAAUACUAAAAUUUGAAUCUAGAAAAAUCUAUUUAAAAGUGAUAAGCAAGAGUAUUUUUGAAAACUUGAAUGUGCUUUGGCAAAUACCAACAACCUUAUUACAAAUAUACUAAUGAAGAUUUUGGCAAAUUCUGUCUUGAAUAAACAAGAAUGUCUCUGAA